AAGUGAAUAUAUUAAACCCUUCGGUAUUUCAUUUUGAACGUAAGAUAAUUAUGCUUAACGAAGCGGCAAUAUUUAAAGAAACGCUGUCCGAUUUAUACACUAUUGUUGACGGGUAAACUACGGUUUAAACUUGCAACACAAAUACGUUCAUACUAUUUUGUGUACAAUUUUGCACAUAGAAGAAGGAUUUUAACUUACUAACAAUACAUUUUAAAUCUGCACAUUGAAUGCAAUGAAAAUGCAGUCCAGAGUAAUUAUAGUAAUUGCUGUGGUCGCAUGUGCUGUUACACUUGCUUUAGGAAUUAUUAUUGGACACUUUGCCAUCGAGAAAGCAGACGACACAGAAGGUCAAGGUGACUCGCAGAAGCUGAACGCCGGAUGUGGCGCUAAAUUUACUGCACCAUGGAAACAAUACAGGGAAAGUUAUUUAGACAACUGUGUGAAGGAGUCGUGCAUGUCGCCAUCGUCUUGCAAUACAGAAGAUCUUCCAAGAACAUUUCUGGCGUACCAUUUGAACGGAAAAACAGUGAAUAUUGAUGGAAAAUUGGAUGACGAAGCAUGGACAGAAAUUCCAUAUUCAGAGACAUUCAUGGAUAUUCGAGGUCCGGAUUAUCCUACGCCCUAUUUCAACACAAGAUUUAAGGUUCGCUGGGACGAUGACCGACUCUAUGUGGGUGCACUAAUGGACGAGACAGACUUCUGGGGUACUUAUACUGUGGACGAGUCGCAAGUUUGGCGGGAAAAUGCAUUCGAGGUGUACGCUGUCCCCGAUGGAAGUAUGCAUAACUACAAGGAGAUGCAAAUCAGCGUACGUAACGUGACCUGGGAUCUUAUGCUGAAAAAGGCAUACAUGGACAAAAGUGAUAUUUGUGACAGAACCUCGGUGGCCGUCAGCAGCUGGGACAGUGACAUGCACAAGGGUACACACACAGACGGGAUUAUUAAUGAUCCGAAUGGCAAAGGAUCGUACUGGAGUGCAGAAUGGUCGUUCUCGUUCGCUCGACUGGCUCAACACACUGACAGACCUAACAACAAGCCUACCCCGGAUGCUGAUGAAGCCUGGUUCUUUAUAUUCGCAAGGCCAGAAUACAAAUUCAAAAUAGUGAACGGGCAAUACAGGAAGGAUGAAGAUGCUCCAACUGAAUGGUGGUCAUGGCAACCAAUGUAUGCUGUGAAUCUACAUUUGCCAAGCAGGUUUGGAUUGGUCCAGUUUAAAAGAAACAUGGAUGAUAAAACAUUUCACUUUAACAAGUGGCAUAUUUAUAGAGCACUGUUUGAGGUGUUUGAAGCAGAACAUAAGUACAAAUCUGUAAACGGGAUGUUUAUUGAUGAUUUGAAGAAAUUGUCAGUGGCGCCAAAAAUUAUGUCGUCAGAGUGCGUCACAAUCACCAUCCAAUCAAACGAUACGUACUUUAGAGCGUCCGUUAAAUCAAAUAUUGACCCGAACAUGCAAACUGGAAACAUACGACCAGAUAGAUAUGUUUGGUUCACUUAGAAACAAGUUCUUUACCGAAUUUCUUGUAAUUUAGCAAUAAUGUUAAGUGUUGCAAUGCGAAUAAAUUUAAUGUAGAUCCAGGCAACUGGACUGUCAAAAGUUGAAUUCAUAUAGCGAAGUAUUCAAUUUAAUAUACGCUUUACAUUAUUAAUUUGAGCUUUUACAGAUGAAUGAUUCAAUAAAUUAGAUUUUAUAAAUAAAAAAAGUGUACAAAUGUCGAUUUCUCCAAUCCUUUUUCUAUCAAAACAAGCGCUUUUUUUG